CGGAAGUGUUCAAAGAUGGCCGCGGUGAUGGCUUUCGCUGUGCUGCGGCAGCGGAUGAUGCGGUGGCCCCAGUGGUCCUGCGCGGGGCUGGCCCCGCUCCGCGUUGCCAGAGGGAGCGUCCUCGGGUUUUCAUUCCGCUCAGUAUUGUAAAAACUUCCUCCAGGGAUGUGGAGGCCAAGCAGGUGCUGCAGUUCUACAGCUGAAGCAGCCGCCACUAAAGCAGAGGACGACUCUUUUCUCCAGUGGUUCCUGCUUCUCAUCCCUGCUACUGCUUUUGGCUUGGGAACUUGGCAGGUCCAGCGUCGGAAAUGGAAGCUGAAACUGAUUGCAGAAUUAGAAUCUCGAGUCCUGGCUGAGCCCAUCCCUCUGCCUGCAGACCUAAUGGAACUGAAGAAUCUGGAGUACAGGCCAGUGAAAGUCAGGGGGCACUUUGACCACUCUAAAGAGCUGUACAUGAUGCCUCGCACCAUGGUGGACCCUGCCCGAGAGGCCCGCGAUGCUGGCAGAAUCUCCUCCUCGAUGGAAAGUGGAGCCUAUGUAGUUACUCCUUUCCACUGCUCUGACUUGGGAGUCACCAUCCUGGUUAACAGAGGGUUUGUUCCCAAGAAGAAAGUGAAUCCUGAGACCAGACAGAAAGGCCAGGUUCUCGGAGAAGUAGACCUAGUUGGCAUAGUGAGGCUGACAGAAACCAGGAAGCCCUUUGUCCCUGAGAACAGUCCACAACAGAAUCACUGGCAUUAUCGGGACCUGGAGGCUAUGGCCAAGAUGACAGGCGCAGACCCCAUUUUCAUUGAUGCAGACUUCGAAAGCACAGCCCCCGGGGGACCCAUUGGUGGGCAAACAAGAGUCACCCUUCGGAAUGAGCACAUGCAGUACAUCAUGACCUGGUAUGGACUGUGUGCAGCCACAUCAUACUUAUGGUUUCAAAAAUUUGUGAGGCGGAUACCAGGUAUAUGAAGCUUAUGAACCUGAUCCUAAUAGAGAUCGCACAAAAUAAACGUUAUUUUUUAAAAA